AUGGAAAACAUUUCAUCUGUCAGUGACAUUCUUGUACUGGAAGAAUUAGACCUUUCUGAGUCAUCCACAUAUCCAGUGUUUUUCACAUUGCUCUUUGUCUAUAUUGCACUGAUAAUAACCAAUGUUGGUGUUGUUGUUAUCAUAAUUGCAGAGAGAAGCUUACACGAACCCAUGUACUUGCUAUUCUGCAACUUGUCUGUCAAUGAUAUCCUUGGUAACACAAUCUUACUCCCCCAUCUAUUGUUUGACAUGCUUUUUAAAAACAGGUUAAUUUCUUAUAGUGCGUGUGUUACACAGACAUUUGGUGCCCAUACUUAUGGCUCUGCAUCACACACCAUACUGAUCAUAAUGGCCAUUGAUAGGUACGUGGCUAUAUGCAAUCCACUGAGAUACAGUGCAAUAAUGACAAAAAAGGCAGUUGUGACCUUGUCUGUGUCCGCCUGGGCUGUUGCAGUUGUCCUAGUAGGUGUAUUAGUGAGCCUCAGUGUCAGGUUGUCUCGUUGUACAUCAGUUAUUCCAAAUUUUUAUUGUGAUAAUGCUUCCUUGUUCAAGUUAUCUUGUGAAGAUGUGUCUAUUAAUAAUAUAUAUGGACUGUUUUAUACUGUUAUAUUAUUAUCCUCAUCUAUUGGUACUGUUGCUGUCACAUACAUUAGAAUUGCUAUCACAUGUUGGACUAAGAAAAAUGCAGAACUCAACAGCAAAGCCAUUCAAACGUGUGCCAGUCACUUAGUUCUGUAUUUGAUACUGCUAUUAACUGGCUUCAUUAUUGUCAUAAUGCAUCGUUUUCCAGAGUACCCAUUUUUAAGAAGACUUGUAGCUAUUCUUUUUCAUGUUGUGCCUGCUAAUUUAAAUCCAAUAAUUUAUGGUAUACAAACUAAACAAUUAAGGCUCAAGAUAUUGCAGAUAUUUGGUAGAAAAAUAACACCCAGCUAGAAGACAUAAAUAUAAAUAUUUUAGGAAUAUUCUUUAAUCAUAUGAAACCUUGUAGCCUUCAUCAAUGUGUUUUUGUUUUACCCCUACACACUGCCUGGUCUAUUCCCAUC